UUUUAGAAUUAAGAAAAGAUAAAACCUCUCCACCUCUGUCCUUGGCAUCACCCACCGUUGGAAGUAAAUAAGUCACCCUUUGACCAUCUCCCAUUUCUGAUAUCUCUCCCCAACUUCCAACAGACUCCACAGUCAACACAGCAGAAACCCCAUUUCCCCCCUCUAAAAUGACAAAAUGCCCUUCCAACCUUGAUGACAGUCAUGUAAUUUGCUAUGAACAACCAAAGCAUCUAGUUAGCAACACAACUCAGUUUCAACUUCUUCGGAAUAUAGACAGCUAGAUAGCAUUGCUACACGGAGAGAUAUGCAGGCUCAUACUCUAUCUCUAUCUUAAAAAAGAUUUCAUCGCUUAGAUUCCUCCCUUGAUAGGUAGAUUCCAAAUGGGGUUGUUGCAAAAUCAUUGAUAAACAAAAACUUGGGAAAAGAAAGUUCAAAAACAAGACCAGAUCUUUCAAGAAUCUUCACAACCAAUGUGCAGUGUCAGGCAAGCUAUUGAGGUUAUUUCUUCUUUGAUCUCCUACUCUCAUCCAAUUAAAGUCUUUGCCGUGAAAUGGCAACUGAUUAGAAACAAGCUAGAAGAGCUAUGCUCAAGCCUGACUGCCCUAGAGAAUUGUGAUUCAAUCCAGAAUCCAAUACUUUCAGGCAUGAUAUCUGCUAUCCUAGCCUCUGCUAGUGACUGCUAUGAUCUUGCUAGAAGAUGCGUGGAUCUUUCGUACAGUGGCAAGCUCUUGAUGCAGAGUGAUUUGGAUGUAAUGUUUGCAAAGUUUGAGAGACAUGCAAAGAAUCUAUUUGGGAUUUGUACUGCAGGCAUUUUGACUCAGGGUUUUGCCAUUGUUGUGUCUAGGCCUGGUGACAAUGCUUGCAAAGAUGACAUGAGGUUUUACUUUAGAGAUCUGUUGACUAGAAUGAAGAUUGGUGACUUGGAAAUGAAGAGACAGGCUUUGCUCAAUUUGUAUGAUGUUGUUGUUGAAGAUGACGAGUAUGUGAAGAUACUUGUCGAAGUUGGUGACAUAGUGAAUAUACUGGUUAGUCUUCUUGAUUCAGUGGAAUUGGAAAUUCAACAAGAGGCUGCAAAGGUCGUGUCAGUGAUUUCGGGCUUUGAUUCCUACAAAUCUGUUUUGAUUGGAGCUGGGAUUGUAGGGCCUUUGAUCAGGGUUUUGGAGAGUGGCAGUGAAAUAAGCAAGGAGGGUGCCGCAAGAAGCUUGCAAAAAUUAACUGAAAAUUCUGAUAACGCUUGGUCAGUUUCAGCUUAUGGGGGUGUGACAGCUCUAUUGAAAAUAUGUACUAGCGCUGAUUCUAGAACAGCACUUGUUUGCCCUGCUUGUGGGGUAUUGAGAAAUCUUGUUGGUGUUGAUGAAAUAAAGAGAUUUAUGAUUGAAGAAGGUGCAGUGCCCACAUUAAUCAAGCUGGCAGGAUCAAAAGAUGAAGCUGUGCAGAUAAGUUCGAUCGAGUUCCUUCAAAAUAUUGCAUCUGUAGACGAAUCAGUGAGGCAGUUGGUGGCUAGAGAAGGUGGAAUUCGGGCAUUAGUACGGGUUUUUGAUCCGAAAAGCGCAUGUACUUCAAAAUCUCGAGAGAUGGCAUUAAGGGCAAUUGAGAAUCUAUGUUUCUCUUCAGCUGGUUAUAUCAUUAUGUUGAUGAAUUAUGGUUUUAUGGAUCAGCUUCUUUUCUUUCUUCGAAAUGGAGAUGUUUCGGUUCAAGAAUUGGCACUGAAAGCAGCAUUUAGGCUCUGUGGAAAAUCAGAGGAGACUAAAAAGGCAAUGGGGGAUGCUGGAUUUAUGUCAGAGCUUGUUAAGUUUCUUGAUGCAAAAUCAUUUGAAGUUAGAGAAAUGGCAGCUGUGGCACUCUCCAGCUUAGUUUCUGUGCCUAAAAACCGUAAAAGAUUCGUGCAGGACGAUCGCAAUGUGGGCUUUCUUCUUCAAUUGCUUGACCAAGAAGAGGCAAAUUCAGGUAGCAAAAAGUUACUGAUCUCUAUAUUAUUGUCCUUAACAAGUUGCAAUAGUGGAAGAAAAAAGAUUGCCAGUUCUGGUUAUUUGAAGAACAUAGAAAAACUUGCAGAAGCUGAAGUUUCUGAUGCUAAAAGACUUGUCAGGAAGCUCUCCACAAAUAGAUUCCGUAGCAUAUUAAAUGUAAUCUUGCAUUCUUGAUUGUGAUUCUCUUUCUUUCACCGUAUAUCUAAAAAAGUGGUAUCAAAGCUUUUUCAUCUUCUGUUGGUUCUUAAUCUCACUUACAGGUCUUUAUCUCUGUUUAUUUUAUCUGCAAAAACAGCUUUAGAGCAGCUUGUAAAUAUUCUGGCAUUGUUGAUUUGCAGUCACAGUUAAUAUUAAGUGAAUAAAAUAUUAAAAACAGGAUGUAA